CGGACACUGCCUUCGCUUGCCAUGGCGACACCACCCGGGAUGCCGGUACGCUGAUACCAUGUGAUUUAAGUUGACAGCAGCGUUCUCCGAUCUCAGCUCCCUUCAGAGCGAACAGGCCCAUUUUCCACAGCGCCUAUUUUUUUCAGUUCCCUGAUGAUCUGUGUAGCUCCAGCAGUGCCACCUGUCAGUGCUCAUCCAUGCCACCUGCCAGUGCCCAUCAGUGGCACAUCAUUGCCACAUUUCAUUGCCUACCAGUGCACAUCAAUGCCACAUAUCAGUGCCCAUCUGAGCUGCCUUUCAGUGUCAUCCAUCAGUGCCAGUCAGUGACACCUAUCAAUGCCAGUCAGUGUCACCUAUCAUUGCUGCCAAUCAGUGCCACCAUCAGUGCCAGGCAGUGCCGCCUAUCAGUGUGCAUCAGUGCCCAUCAGUGCUGCCUCAGUGCCAGUCAGUGCCGCCUAUCAAUGCCGCCUAACAGUGCCAUAUAUGAGUGCUGCCUUUCAGUGCCCAUCAGUGCCACCUACCAGUGCCUCCUCAUCAGUGCCACCUAUCAGUGUCCAUCAGUGCAGCCUCAUUAGCGCACAUCAGUGAAGGAGAAAAAUCACUUAUUUAAAACAUUUUAUAACAAAAACUAAGAAUAAAACUUUUUUUUUUCAAAAUUUUCCAUGGUUUUUGGUUUAAGAAAAAAUAA